GUAUUUUAAUUUUUUUUUUUAUUUUUUCUUUUUAAACAUUUCAACUUCCCGACGCCAGCGCAAGAGUUGUCCUGAUUUGCCGGGAUCGCGUGAGCGUGCGGCGCCGAGGCCAUGCGGUGAGUCUUGUGAAGAAAACAAUCUGAAGACAAUGCAUCCGUGACCCCUGAUCCCAGUUUGCAAGUCAGGGCAAUGGAAGUAGAGCAUACUCCUCCCGUGACAGUUCCCAAUGGAUUUGCAAACAGGAUUUUCCAAGCAAGCAUGGAGGAAGGGAGCACUGAUGCGCUGGAGGCCUGUGGUGCUGAGCACUGCACCUCCAGCGACGCAAUCCCGAGCGAGCAGGAGGAAGCACCCAGAUAUAAGAAGACGACCAAGGGCAACCGGAUUUGGAAUUUCGUCAGACGAAAGAAAGGACUCUCCACGAGUAAAGACAGACCUCAGUCCAUGAUCCUGCUGGGAGUUACCUCUGAGGUCUCGGAAUUGAAAAAGCCAUCCUUCAUGGAGAGGGUACGGUCAUCAAAAAAGGGAAGAUCCUCCAGGACACCCAAGAACGUGGAUUUGAGAGCAUCCAGAGCGCAGGUGGCGUGUGACCCCGAGGAGGAGCCUCCUGCCAGCAGGCAGAGAGCUGUCUACAGGGUGAAAAAGCUGGGAGACGGUCGGAGGCCCUCCCGCCACUCGUACGCGGGGUACAUCGAGGAUUUGGAUUCCUCUUUUGAAGACAUAGAGCUGAACAUCAGCAUUCCUGAACUUGAUGCCACUGAAAGUAAAUGUCUCAGGGAUAUUAGUGUCAGAUUACACAGUGAGGAUAAUGAUGGUAACUGCCACAGAAUACCAGCCAGAAAGAGCGAGUCUUUGAAUUUUGAAAACCUUAAGAGUCCUGCAGUUGCAGAAGGGGACAAUCAAAAGAGGUGUGCUGUGCUCCCGCAGGAGAGCCGGAGAGGAAGGAGCUCUGAUGUCUGGAGCUAUCUGAAAGGAAUUUCAUUAACUAGCAAAGAUAAUUCAAAGCUUCCAGAUCAAAGGGCUGAAACCAAUUUCCAGAACUUAGAAAAUAAAACUGAUCAUUCCUCUUCUUAUUUUGACUUUGAUACGAGAUGUGAGGAGAAUCCCAGCCAGCGGAAAAAAUCCAAUGGUGCCGCCAAGGCCACUCACUUUGGGGGGGUUGUGAGGUUCCUGACCAGCGUGGCCGAGGCAGCUCGAAGGCUGCGAGGCUCCUCAAGGGCGUUUUCCCCCGAUGAGAAGAGGCCUCAGCGGAGUUUCCGAGGCUGGAGGCAGGAUGUUGCCUCCCACAGAGAGGGCUUGGUUAUUGAGAACGAGAGCGCAAAGGCCUUCUGCACGGUGGGAGCAUGUCUGCAGUCCCCAGAUUCGGGCACGUGGGAGAACCUGAGCUUUGAGAGUGUGGUGGGGAAGGAGCCCAUGCAGCAUUGCAGAACCACGGAAGGAUCCAAAGAGGUUGGUUCCUCUGCCCUGGGCAGUGGGAAUGACAGGGUUAAUGGAACGUCACUUUUUCCUUUUGGGCCAGAACCAUCCAUCUCCCACCUGCCAGAGCUUGCAGAUGGCUCUUUCACUGAGCUAAAUAGCAAAGAGCCCUCUGAGGAUCUGAUUGAACUUCCCCAGAUGACUCUGACUGACACGAUUCAGGACUUGGGCAGUACUUCAGAAAAGACACAGGUCAUGGGCAGAGACCUGCCACUUUCUCACGAUCUUCCUAUGAAUAGUCUGGAUGCUGUGGACCUGGGCCAUUCUCCAGCUGCCAAUGGCGACUUCUCUACAGUGACUGAGACUUUGAUCCACCUUCCAGAGACAAUCCCAACUGAGGAGACUGAAGACACUGUCAGUGCUCAGGAGAAGAGUCAGAACAUGGGCAGGGACCUGCCACCUUCUCAAGAUCUUCCUGUGAAUAUUCUGGAUGCUGCAGACCUGGGCUGUUCUGCAGUUGCUGACGUUGACUUCUCUGUAGUGACUUUCUUGAAGUGUUCAACAGUGAAAAGGCAGGUUUUGGAGCAGACUGAUGGCCGCUUUAAGAAGCGGGGAGCCACUUCAUUUGUAGAACAGAACUCUGUGGAGAUCACAGAAGGAGCGGAAGAGUUUAACUGCAGCUCAGAGUACCAGCCUUUCCAAGUGCACGUCUCCAGGAUUGUCUCCUCUGGGCGGCUCAAAAAUGGAAAGCCAGUGUCCCAUCCUCCUCAGCCGUCCCCACAAGCGCCACCCUUCAAGGUCUUGGUGGAGAGGUGCCGCUCGGAGCCGCUGUCGCAGAGCACCCCGCAGGGGCUGGACCAGCUGGGCGGGCGCAUGCAGCACCUGCUGCGGCGGCGUGCUGAGAACGAACAGGCUUCAAAGACUCUGAAGGUGCGCGGGAACUGCAGGAACGGUGGCCGUCGGUGGAACCUCUUCAAGCCUGGAGCUGAGAAACUGCAGAUCAGUAGGCUGAUCAGUGGUGGUUCCAUUGUAAGUGCUGAGGCAGUAUGGGAUCACGUCACCAUGGCCAACCGGGAGUUGGCGUUUAAAGCAGGAGACGUUAUCAAGGUCCUGGAUGCUUCCAACAAGGACUGGUGGUGGGGUCAGAUCGAUGAUGAAGAAGGAUGGUUUCCAGCCAGCUUCGUGAGGCUAUGGGUAAACCAAGAGGAUGGGGUGGAGGAGGGGACCAGCGAUGUGCAGAACGGCCACUUGGAUCCCAACGCCGACUGCCUGUGCCUGGGCAGGACCGUGCAGAACCGCGACCAGAUGAGAGCCAACGUCAUCAACGAGAUCAUGAGCACCGAGCGCCACUACAUCAAACACCUCAAGGACAUCUGCGAGGGUUACUUAAAGCAGUGCCGGAAGAGGAGGGACAUGUUCAGUGAUGAACAGCUAAAAACCAUCUUUGGGAACAUCGAAGACAUCUACAGAUUUCAGAUGGGCUUUGUCCGGGACUUGGAGAAACAGUACAACAACGAGGACCCCCAUCUCAGUGAGAUUGGACCAUGCUUCUUGGAACACCAAGAUGGAUUCUGGAUCUAUUCAGAGUACUGUAACAACCACCUGGAUGCGUGCAUGGAGCUCUCCAAGCUGAUGAAGGACAGCAGGUACCAGCACUUCUUCGAGGCGUGUCGCCUGCUGCAGCAGAUGAUCGACAUCGCCAUCGACGGCUUCCUGCUCACGCCCGUGCAGAAGAUCUGCAAGUACCCCCUGCAGCUGGCAGAGCUGCUCAAGUACACGGCCCAGGAGCACAGUGACUACAGGUAUGUGGCCGCUGCCCUCGCCGUCAUGAGGAACGUGACUCUCCAGAUCAACGAGCGGAAGCGGAGGUUGGAGAACAUUGACAAGAUAGCUCAGUGGCAGGCCUCUGUCCUGGACUGGGAGGGAGACGAUAUCUUGGACCGCAGCUCGGAGCUGAUCUACACGGGGGAAAUGUCCUGGAUUUACCAGCCUUAUGGACGGAACCAGCAGAGAGUUUUCUUUCUCUUUGAUCACCAGAUGGUUCUCUGCAAGAAGGAUCUGAUAAGAAGAGAUAUUCUGUAUUACAAAGGGCGCAUAGACAUGGAUAAAUAUGAAGUGGUGGAUAUAGACGAUGGGAGAGAUGAUGACUUCAAUGUCAGCAUGAAGAAUGCCUUCAAACUUCAUAACAAGGAGACUGAGGAAAUGCACUUAUUCUUUGCCAAGAAACUGGAGGAGAAGUUACGAUGGCUUAGAGCUUUCAGAGAAGAAAGGAAGAUGGUAAAAGAAGAUGAAAAGAUAGGCUUUGAAAUUUCUGAAAAUCAAAAGCGGCAAGCGGCAAUGACAGUAAAGAAAGUCAGUAAGCAAAAAGGUGUGAGCUACUCCAAGUCGGUUCCUCCAGCCUACCCACCACCCCAGGAUCCAUUAAAUCAGGGACAAUACAUGGUGACAGAUGGCAUAUCCCAGUCCCAGGUCUUCGAGUUCACCGAACCCAGACGCAGCCAGGCACCAUUCUGGCAAAACUUCAGCAGGUUAACACCAUUCAAAAAAUAAUACCUAGAGAGAUGGAGAAUUUUAACUUAAAAGAACUAAAAUUUAAAAAUAAAAAUAAAUAAAAUUAUAUUUAUAGAUGGACCUUUUUUCGGAGAAGCACUGUUGCAACUAAAUAUAUAUACAUAUAUAUAUGUAUACACACAUUUAAAAAAUAAUAAUAUAUACAUAUAUGUAUAUAUAUAGAAGGACCAAAAACUUUUUUUGUUGUUUUUGGGAAGUAAUCUGCUACUAGAUACUAGGAAGCACCAAUGAUUUCUAACCAUGUGACCUAUUUUAUUUUAUUCCAUUGGUCAGACAUCUGUUUGGGUUUUUUUUUCCUGUUUUUCUUCAUUUUCAUCCUGGUCGUCAUUGGCAUCCCAGAAUGCUUUCUCGCUUGUGUGACUCUGUCAUGGAAGUUCCUCAUGGACUACAUUGGUGUAUAUUUUCUUUGAUUUUAUUUAUGGGGGGGUUGUUUGUUUUUUGGAGUGCUGGGAGGUCUCUGCUCCCUCUCCCGCCCUCUCCGUCCCUCCCUUGGCUGUCCCCGGAGUCCCCAUUCCAGUGAAGACAUGGCCCCAUUCCCUGUCCUGCAUUCCCUGGUCUGACUCGUGCCUGUCUGGAUGUGCUCCCUGUGCUCCCGCUCCGCUGCGCAGUAUUUCUCUGGCUUUAACUGUUUUGUUGUGGGCAGGUGAAACCCAGCAGAAGGGGAAGCAGCUAUUUAGGAAGUGAGAGAUGCGUUUUCCUCAGUUAAUUUUUUUGCAGUUUUUUUAAGCACUGUCUUUUUCUCAAUUCAGUGUGAUUUGUUCACACUUGGAGUAAGACUGAGAAAAGAAUAUCAGGGGCUUUUCUUUCUUUCGCAUUGAGCUUUGUUUCUCUGGGGUUAUCUUUGAUUUAUUUUCUUUUCAAGCUGAGACACGACUCUGAAAAGCCCACUCCUAUCUUUGUUUUCCAUGCAAAGAUAAAAGCUUAAAAACUGAUGGCUUCAUGCCUCCAUCGCAGCUGGAGGAAAAUUGGCUACGAGGCUCCGACAAAUGGCCAGUUUUCCAUCUUCAGGAACUAAGGUCCCAUCCUUGGCCACACUCAGCCUGCACGGUCCUGGUUAAUGAAUCACUAAUUGCCAUUUGCAGGAGCAGUGGUCCCAAAAGUGGGGACUCACUGCACUCACUGCCUGCUCCACUCCGGGCAUCCCAGAUCCCUGGCUCCCAACACCCGUGAGCUGCCAGUAGUGACCCAUUAGUGGAAGGAUCCCUGGAGGGGUUCACCUGCUGGGUAAAGCCCCCGAGCUGCAGAGGAGCUGAGAGCUGCCUUUCAGGGCAGAUCUGGAUGUGCCCUGAGAGGUGUAGCCGUGGUUGUGUGUCCUGAUCCAGAGCAGUGCUCAGCUCACCCCCCAGGCCAUCCGGGGCUCGCAGAGGUGUAUCAGUGUCCACGGGCUCUGGAGUCAUUCAGCCAAACUCCAGGUCUCUUUCUCUCUCUUUUUCUCCCUCUGGAGAUUCACAGCUCUGUUUUUAAAGACACGUCCUACAAUUUCAGGCUUAAGUACAUUUGUUUGCAAGUGCAAAAGCUUAUGUUUAAGCUUGUAAAACAAACCAUUGUGCACGAGGAUGAUUUUUUUUUCCUAGGGCAAAUGAGACUGUUUAACCAGAUUUAGAAGAUGAAUUUAAAACCUUUGCAGAGCCAUUCUGCAAACUCCUUUGAAAAUGUGGGAUGAAGUGAUUGAUCACGGUAUUUGUCAUUUUCCUUUGAAUCUGAUACACCACAUAAGCACCCUGGGCCAGCGAGUGUGGAGAUACAUUUUUUUUUUUUCCCUAAGAAAUACAAUGGGAAGAGCAGAGAGAGUGAUUUCAUUAUUCCCACGGAGCCUGUUUUAUUUCAGGGCAUAUUGCAAGGGUGGCAUUAUUUUUAUCUAAGUCAAAAAAUAAUCUCUUGUAUACUUUUGACUAAUCUAGAAACUAUCAAUAACCAGCAAAGCCAGAUUAGUGUUUUGGAGUGGAAAAGUGGCCCCUCUGUGACAGGCAGCAGCCAAACACCAGGAAUCCCAAAUAGAAAGCAACCCAAUUUUAUAUCAGAAAUUAUUUUUAUGCUCUUUUGUAUCUUUGCAUUUUUAUGGUCAGAUUUUAAUACGGGAUACAUAGCAAAUAUUAUUUUGUUUCUUUAACAGAACGGGUAUUUAACGAAGUGAAUGAGAUGGGUUCUCGGCAGUUAACUGGAAUGUUUUACUCUUUCUGAAUGGCUGGAGAGAUGCAGAGAGAGAGAGAGAAAGAGAGAAAGAGAGAGAGAGAUUCCAAAAUGUUGUCAACAUGAUGAAAAUUUCACUUAUUCCUUUGCCUUUUUAAUUGCUUAGGGGGAAAAAAAGUAACAAGCACAUUAGUUAAGCCUGUUCAUUUACUGUUUUGUGCCUCAGAGAGUGAGAAUGAGACAUCCAUAAUUUUUAUGAGAAGAUGCUUCCUAAAUAUUCAGCACUAGGAAAAAAGAAACACCACCGCCACACCAUUAUUUGCAUCAUAAGUCAAGACUCGCUUGAUCUGACAAGGCCACUUGUUGGACUCGCAGCUUCUUUCUUAAGUGGGAAGCCCACCCGAGCCAGCACUGCCCGAGCAGAGCAGCUGCAGGCACGUGUUCCAGAGGGAAGAGGGGCUUGGCUCUCAGGCAAUGGCAUCCAGGAAAGCUCUUCCCCUCCAUAAAUUGCCAAAGGUGCUGCAGGAGAUGGAGCAUUGGCACAAAGAAGAACCAGCACUGGUCCCACUUUCCCACCUCCUGUGGCUUUCCCAGUAGGGAGCAGGGCUGGGCCGCGCGGCGGGAGCGGCGCGGAUGCAGAUUGGGGUGAUUUGACCGAGCAUCUGAUAACAGACUUUCAUUUCAAUGCCAGACAGGAGGAACCCUCUUACCAUUCCAUGUGCAGAAACAAGAGAGUUGUAACAAACUUAAAUGUUUACGGUAUUUCUCUGGCUGAAUCUAUACAUAUAUAUAUAUAUAUAUAUAAAAUAAAGAUACCUUCUUCCCUAGGUAAAUGACAUGCAUUACCCCUUGACCUAGACACUAGAACAGAGGAUCUAAAUUCAAGACUUUCGCCUCCCCACCCUCUCCAAAAAGUCAAACAAGAACCAACCUAGGUGCAUCUAACAGUUGUAAAUAGAAAAUAAUACAUAGAGAAAUAUAUUUGAAAUUUGUUUCAGUUUCUGGAUGGGCACCAGCCAUCCAUUGCAAUGUUAUUGAUAGUACACUGUGGUGCUUUGGGUUUCUGGUUUUGUUCUCUUUAUGCUCUGUCAUCUUUUCAUUGCAGCUACAUUUCAGGGAACAUGUAUAUUUAGUAGCUAUUGUAAGUUCUGCAUGGCAUCACCAAGCUUAUUUUUCCUUAAGAAGAAAAGAAGAGUCUGUAGGAGUUUAAAGGCACUAUGACGACAGGGACUUGUAGCAGAGAAUUUAAAAAAAAAAAAAAAAAAGGUUUUUAAAAUUCUAGUUUGAAGCCAAAUACUGAUAUUUUAGUGCUUUUCGGGUUUUAAAAGUAAGAGAAAAAAAAAGAAAAAAAAAGAAAAAAAAAAGAAAAAAAGGAUUUUGGUAACCCAGCUGAUCCGCACUUGCCAGUUUUAUUAUUUUGUUUAUAUUGGACUGUUUGACCCUGUCAAACAAGUGUCAAAGUUGUGUGUAUAAAACAAAAAAAGUGUUUAAAAAAGUGUUGUAAAGACACUGAGCCUUAUGAAAAUAUUUAUGGAAUUAAAUAAAAAGAAGUGAAAAGGCA